CAUUAUUUGAUACAGCGCUCCUGGUAACACACGCUCAAAAUCAACUUGCGCCCCCGCGUUACGCCGAUACAGUAAUACCUUCUAAAACUGAGUAUCAAGGUGGAUUAAGGCCAGACUUUCAGAUUUGCGCUGGUCAUUUGUCGUCAGUUGAGAGUGUGGGCUUCGCUCGCUAACACGCCCGGGGCUCCAACCCCCCUGCGCUGCGUCUUUGCCUCCGCCGUCCUGUGCCCUCGCGCUCUCUCGCACGCCCGCACGCCCAUCUCGGCUCGGCGUGGACUUCCGCACACACGCCCGAAGGCCCGCCCGAGGCUUCCGGCCCGGCCGCCCGCCCCCCCCCCCCCAAAGACUGCCACUGGCUCUCAAGACGGGCGUGAAAGUGUCUGUGUGACUCCCCUGUCCGAGGCGCGACUCGCCCGCCCGCGACGCCCACGUUCGACGCCCGACUCCUGACUCUCCCUCUCACACCCCUCCCCCCUUCCCCUCUCGCCCACGCCCAUCGCCGCCGCCCCCAGCAGCCCCCAGGAUGGAUUCCCUCACGGGCGGUCUCAAUGACAGCCUCUACGACCUCGUUCCGGGCGGCCACCAUGCCACGGCCGCCCACAACGCCCACGCGGACACCACGCACGCACACAGCCACGCCCGCGACACCGACGGAGGGGCGGCUUCCCUCUCGUCGGCGGCGGCGGGCGGGACCACACACGCCCACAGCCAGCACAACAGCGCCUCCUCCGCCGCCCGUCUCACAGUGCUCUCCGCCUCACGCCCGCACGACCCGCCGCCCAGGGACGGGCGUGUCUAUUUUGGACAGGACGCGGGCGAGAAGCCGUCCCAGUCCUGCUCCACGGAAUCGGACGACGACAAGAACAAGAAGAAGCGGCAGCGUCGCCAAAGGACGCACUUCACGUCGCAGCAACUGCAGGAGCUCGAGGCCACCUUCGCCAGGAACAGAUACCCAGACCUAAGUGCCCGGGAAGAAAUAGCACUUUGGCUCAACUUGAAAGAAGCGCAAGUCAGGAUCUGGUUCAAGAACCGCCGCGCCAAGUGGAGGAAGCGCGAGCGCCACGCCAUGGCCACGGCGAUGCCCGGCGACCUGAAGGGCGGCUGGGGCGCGCAGCUCAACGGCCUGGCGUGGCCCGACGAAGGCCUCUACUCCGGCUACUCCUCCUACAACAACUGGGCGAAGGUGACGCCGCCGCCGCUCGGCGCCAAGAGCUUCGCGUGGGGCUUCAACGGCGUCAACAUGAACCCCCUGAUGAGCCAGCAGCCGUCGGCCAUGUCGCCCAUCAACUGCUUCCAGUCGCCGGCGCAGGGCAUGGGCGGCUCGGCCAACCUCAUGCCCACCUCCAUGUCGUCGUCUCUGGGCUCGAGCGCCGCCCCGUGCCCCUACCCGGCGCCCACCCCGCCCUACGUGUACCGCGACCAGACGUCCUCCAUGUCCUCCUCCAUCGCCUCGCUGCGCCUCAAGGCCAAGUCGCACUCGCCCGCCUUCUCCUACACCAGCGGCGGCGCGGACACGCGCUCCCCGCCCGUGCCCGACAACAACGCCUUCUUCGCUGCCGCGGCGGCGCCCAGUGACAAGUUCUCCUGCAUGAACACCGUCAUCGCGUAACGCCCGCGGCGCCCUCACGCCCACACAAUACCAGUACCACGCCCUCAGCCACCUUGAGCUGGCUGUGGCUGUGUGGGGGAACCGCGGGCCUCGGCGACGCACUUCGGCAGCGCCGGGCACGGGCCGCCGCCGCCGCCGCCGCCAGCGCCCGAAGGUCCGGGAGAGGGACCUCAAGAAGGCCGCGCCGUCGCCGCCAGGAGCCGGGUCGCAGGCCGGGGCACCUGCUGCAGGUCGCGGUCAGCUCACGGGUAUCCUACAGACAGGACUUGUAUCGUAAAACAAAAGACAAGACAUGAAAGUAACGAGCGGAGGCGAGAGAGACUGACCCCCGCCCCCACCCCCUCCCCCGCCACCUCGCUGCUCCUCUCCUGUUCUGCAAAACCGACCUCGUACAGUGAUUGUUGUGCAAUAUUUGCUUAUCGCCUCUUUUAUCUUUUAUUUUUGCCUUCCUGAUUCUCCCCACGGUCGGUUGGGAGAGACGAAAGAGCUGAUACAAAUAUGUCGUUUACUUUUCUUCUCUGAUUCUUCGUGACGUAACGGUGGGAGUCUCUUCCCACCUGACGGUUAUCAUUGUUUAAUAUAAACGAUUUGUGUAUUCGAUAAGUUGACGUGUAUUUAUUGUUUGUCUUUGAUUGACAGAUGCUACGUUUUAUUUUGUAAAUAUCGUUAAUGCAGUGCAUCUCGACUGUCUCCAAUAAAAUGAGAAAUUACAGAGGUGAAACUAAAUAACCACGGAAAAAAGCCACAUAAUCGCCGCUACACAAACCGGACCUAGUGGGCUUCGUCUCCUCCCGCCCAUCGUAUUUCACACACAAAAAAAAGAAUAAUGAUUUAUUUACGUCGUAUGUAUAAAUGUCAGUGUGCAGUGUUGUCAACAAAUAUGUACAUAGAUUUGUGCCACUUGCAUUGAAGAUAAUAUGACUUCCAGUGUGCAUUGGCAAAACUUCACUUCAGAAAUUUGGAAAUAAAUAAAAGAGUGUGUCGACCAUGGCGUCAUUCUCUUCGCGUGUGGCUGCUACAACGUCAUCAACUCGGAUGGGUUGUUCGUAACGAAGAAAUUAUAUUUUCUUCCAACACACCUUCAAGGGUAUACUCCUAUUAACAGAGGUUAUUACAUUAAGUCGCGUGUAUGUAAAUAUAUAAUUCCAAGGUGUGUAAACUGCGCUGUCUCUCUUUCAUUCUUGCAAGGCCUAACUCUUUCCUUCACAAAAGCAAUCUUACCAUCCGAUGCCAUGGUCAGAAGAAGGUGUGUGUCGACCACGACGUCAUCAGGGUCGGUAGUGUGUGUCGGCCAUCGUCUGACCUCCCGGCGACUGUUUACAAAGCGUGUGUCGAGCGUGACGUCAUGGAUCGUGUUCUCCUCGUGUGUCAAAGACUGUACAUUCCAUAAUCAUAAAUCAUAAUAUUAUUCCCUCAUUUGUACAGAAGAAUGUUACCUCUCCCCCCCAACCCCCAACCCACAACCCUCCCCCACCUCUCCCUUUUUUCUUUCAAUAAUCUGCUCUCGUUUCCCCCCCAAAAAAAAAAAAAAAUUCCCGUUGUUCAUUUUCCCUUUCUUUGUUGUCUUUGUCCCUUCUUAUCCCUUCAUCUUUCUUGUCUCUGCCAUUAUCCUCUCUUCCCCCUCCUCCCUUCUUCUAUUUUCUCUUUUUCGCUUCUAUCUUCGUGUCUUCCAUUUCUCCGCUCAUCACCAUCAUCUCUUUUCUCCUUGUCCCGUCUCCUCCUCCUCCUCCUCCUCUUCCUCCUUCUCUCCCCCCUCCUCCACCACCACCACCUCUCCCUCCUCCUACUCCUUCCCUCCUCCUCCUCCUUCUCUCCCCCUCCUCCUCCUCCUUCUUUUUCUUCUUCUUCUUCUUCUUCAUGUAUAGAUCAUUACUUUUAGAAGUACUAGAAAAGUUUGAGUGUCUACAUAAUGUAUUCGUGUACCAAGGUUUAAUAAAGUACAUAAUUUCAUUAAA